AUGUCCUCGGACGCCGCUCCUGUUGUUCCUCCUCCCGCCGCCGCCGCCGCAAAUGAGCCCCCAGCGCCGGUAGCUCCCCAGUCCGCCCAAGCGCCACCGAAGCAGGAUCCUGUCGAUCUGAGCGUCGAGCUCGAUGACUUCGGCCUGCCCAUACGGAAGAAGCCUCCGCGCCGCCUGGUUUCCGAGGCCAGCGAACAGGACCUGCGCAGCGCCGCCGCCGCCGCCGACGAGCAGCCGCAGCACCAAGAAAGGCCAGCGGAGAACCUGUGGGAGGCAGAGGCGCUCGCGGCGCAGCACGCCGCCCCGCCUGUUGCAAACUCUGGUCCCCCGCCCUUGCUAGGGAGCGCUCUUGACGACGGGGAUGUGAGGCCGGUCCCGUCAGACGGACACGCGUCGCCGCAAGGUGGCGACAAACACGCAGAAGCCACGCCAGACGUCCUCGCGGAGGCGUCUGCAUCCGGCGACAAGCAUGUAGAGGUGGGGGCCGUGUCGGAAUGGUCACAUCAGCAGCUGGCGCCGAAGAAGGAGGAGAAAAAGGGUGAUGACUGGGACGACGGCGGGUGGCAGGACAUGCCCGCUUACGCUUCAUAUGACAUGUAUAACGACGAUAAUAGGCUGAUCGCACGGGAGAAGGACGACCUCAGCGAUGACGAGGAGCUGGAAUACGGCGCCCUGGGUGGCGCUGGAAAAGGCUACACAAGAGUUCAGGUUGACGAGGACGCGCAAUCGGCCACGAGCAUGGACGACAACACGGCUUAUCUGUUCAAAGGCGCGAAAAGCACCAAUGUCGCUGAUGACGACGAGGAAGCGCGGGACCCGCUGUCACAGAUGCAGGCCACUAAAGACCUGCUCACCGAGGGCCAAAGGAUCGCAUACGUCGGAGUCGUCAGAUUGACCAUGCUGGAAAUGGUCAAGGAACUCGAAAAGCUGGAGAGGACGAAGGCAAGCAAGAAGCAGAUUGACACGUCCUCGGAAGCAAUGAAGAUGUGGAGCCAAAAGAUGAUGGUUCGGUUGUAUAGCCACAUGGAGAUCGAAUCUGCAGAGCAGAUCAUGAUCGAACAACUGGGUCAGCACGGCGUCCAACCCAACGAUCUCACCCCAGCACUCAUGCAGAAUGCGCGGGUGAAAAAUCCCGUGGCCGAGCCAGCAUCAAGCCGGCCGUCUGUUUCGUCUCCACGGCCUAGCUCCACGUCGAGUGCUCCGUCCACUCCGGUCCCAGGCACUCCGGGCUCGUCAGUACCCCCGCCCUAUGAAGAUCAUGGCGGAGAGGAGAUGCCAGAAGUCCGCACUCCUUCUCAACUCCCCACAACCAAAAGUAUUGACAUUGACCUCCGAUGGACUGUUCUGUGCGACUUGUUCCUCGUACUGAUCGCAGAUUCUGUCUAUGACGCGAGAUCACGGGAGUUAUUGGAGAGGGUCGGAAAAUAUUUGGAGGUGCCUGAUCUGGACAUCUGCCGCUUCGAGAAGCGCGUCACGGAUGCUCUCGAAAUGCAAGAGGCGGCAAAUGAUCAGAACUGGAAUGAUGAGGGACAUCUGGAAAGUCGUGCUAAGAUGCAGAAGAGCAGACGACUGGUGAUGAUGGGGCUGGCUACUGUUGGAGGAGGACUGGUGAUCGGCUUGUCGGCAGGUCUCCUCGCCCCCGUCAUUGGCGCAGGUCUUGCAGCUGGUUUCACGACUAUCGGUGUUGCUGGCACCAGCAGUUUCCUUGCAGGCGCCGGUGGUGCGGCCAUCAUUACCACUACUGGUGUGAUCUCGGGAGGCACAGUCGGUGUGCGAGCUUCGCACCGCAGAACAGGGGCUGUCAAAACGUUCGAGUACAGGCCCCUCCACAACAACAAGAGGGUGAACAUGAUCAUCACGGUCUCUGGGUGGAUGAACGGCAAGGUUGACGACGUCCGUUUGCCGUUCAGUACGGUGGAUCCUGUGAUGGGAGAUAUUUACUCGGUCUUUUGGGAACCGGAAAUGCUGCAAAGUAUGGGUCAAACCAUCAACAUUCUAGCCACAGAGGCCCUUACUCAAGGCCUGCAACAAGUUCUCGGUAGCACCAUUCUCGUCGCUCUCAUGGGCGCGCUACAACUGCCGAUCGUUUUGACGAAAUUAUCCUACCUCAUUGACAACCCGUGGAAUGUGUCACUGGCACGCGCAGAGUUGGCCGGGUUGCUUCUCGCCGACUCGCUCAUCGAUCGCAACCUUGGCGUGCGGCCCACUACGCUCGUCGGUUUCUCAUUGGGAGCCCGCGUCAUCUUUUCCUGCCUGCAAGAACUCUCGAGGAGAGGGGCGUACGGGCUGGUGCAGAACGUAUUCCUCUUUGGUUCUCCCAUGGUGGCGAAGAAAGAUGAAUAUCUCAAAGCCAGAUCGGCUGUUUCGGGUCGGUUCGUCAACGGGUACGCAACGAACGACUGGAUCCUCGGGUAUCUCUUCCGUGCUACCAGUGGAGGCAUCAUGGGAGUGGCUGGUCUUGCUCCGGUCCAGUGCCCCGGUAUUGAAAACUUCGACGUCACUGAGAUGGUGAAUGGGCACAUGGCGUAUCGCGCAGCAAUCCCGCGCCUGAUGCGUGAGAUGGGCUGGGCUGUGGAGAGCGAUGAGUUCGCCGAGAUCGAAGACCCAGAUCCGGACAACCACGAGGCAAGGCAGCGCGAGCUGAUCAACGAGAUUGAGGAAGCGCGCAAAGAAAUGGAGCAGAAGCCGCAGAGGAAGAGCGGGUGGAACUUCUUCAAGAAGAAGCAGGCAGAGAAGAAGGAAUGGGAGAUGUACGACGAGAAGGCGAAGGGAGGGGACGACAAGAACAAGAACGUGCUGUUCGACGUGGAAGCCAUCAAACAGGAGGCGGCGGACAUCGCGGCUCAGGGAGUCGAGGUGAAGCAGCUUGACAGCACGCUCCCGCCCAUGGCGCUGGAUGGCCCACACUCCAAGCUCCGGCAGACACAGAGCUUCGACGAGUCCAUGUUCGAGCAGAGCAGCGGCAGCAAGACGAACUCGCACCUCUACGACGGGUCCGAGUACGACGCGAACCCCGACCGUUGGGAGGACGACGGUGGCGGCGGCAACAUUUCGAUGUCGUUCGAGCCUUCUUACGAGACGCCUCCGGCAUCAAGGCAUGGAGGGGGGGCAAACGGGUCGUCGACAUGGAGUUCGCCCAGCGUCGAGAGACCGCCGUUGCGCACGUCGAGCACGUUGCCCGUCAACCUGGGGAGCGUCGAGCACAACGCGUGGGCGGACGACGAGGCGGACGAAUGGGGAAAGGAGAAGGAGAUGCAGAUGACGUUUGAAUAG